AAAGGGAACAAAGCUUGCCGUGAGAGAUUAAGAAGGGAAAAAUUGAAUAAAAGGUUUUCAGACUUAUGCUCUGUUCUGGAACCCAUUAGAGCUGUAAAAACAGACAAAAUGGCCAAACUUGGUGAUCUAAACCAGCUGAAGACUGAAUCUGAGGAAUACAAAGAGAUGAACCAAAAGCUUAUUAAGACUUUGAAGGUUAGAAAUGAUUUUAAUGAACUUCGUGAAGAGAAACUUGCACUACAAAGAGAGGAUGGAGCAAGAGUUGAAAGUGCAAGUUUUAUUCCACCUCAUCCAGCAGCAUAUCAGCCGGAUGGCCAUGUGCCAAUGUGGCAGUAUCUACAGCCAUCUUCGCUGGACACAUCUCAAGAUCAUAAGCUCUGCUGCUUGAGAAUCUUGCAAGAUAAUGUAUGGCAGAUAAUUUCUCUAGAUGGAAUUGGAUUUGAUUGA